AUGGUUUUACUUUUGACUAAAUGUGGAGCUGACGAAAGAUCGAUCCAUUUCCCGCGGACGCUUUUGGUAAUCGCUGGGCAGGAACCCCGUGUGGACAGUUUGAUUCCCACUAUCAAGUUCUCCCCGCGCUCCGGAGCUACUGUUCCUACUUCCCCGGCUUCGCACAAGGAAGAUACAUUGCGUUCAUGGACCAAGCUUGAUUCAGUUGUCCAAAAGGGCUGUGUUGACCUGGAUGGAGAAGCCCUCGAUAUCGCAAGCGUGGCUGCAGUUGCUCGUAAUGGCUGCGGCGCUCAAGUAUCCAAUGAUCCCCGAGUAGCUCAAAAGGUUCUCGCGGGCGUCCAGACUCUGACCGAGUACCUUGCCAAGGGAUACUCUAUCUACGGAGUCAACACUGGCUUUGGGGGUAGUGCAGAUACUCGCACAACAGACACCAUGCGACUCCAAGAGUCUCUUCUCCAGCUAACCCAGGCAGGCAUCCUGACGAGCAGCGACUGUACCUCCCGAGUGGGAGAUUACAACCUGGGCUCCCACGCGAUGCCAGUCGCAUGGGUACGGGCCACCAUGCUCGUACGAUGUAAUCACCUCCUCAGAGGCCACUCAGGUGUGCGGCUGGAGAUCAUCGAAGCCAUGUUGAAGAUGCUACGAGAGGGCUUCACACCUCUCGUGCCCCUGCGAGGCUCGAUCUCUGCUUCGGGCGAUCUGAUGCCUCUUUCCUAUCUGGUUGCGGUGCUGGAAGGGAAUCCGGAUAUCAAUGUUCACUGGGAUUGCAAGCCAGAGGCGAAGGUUGUGUCGACAAGCACUGCUUUAGAGAUGACUGGGAUUAAGCCAUUCGUGCUCGGGCCGAAAGAAGGACUGGGUCUCGUGAAUGGAGCAGCUGCCUCUGCAGCUGUUGCAUCUUUGGCGGCGCAUGAAGCGAGUCAACUUGUUAUUUUGGCUCAGUCACUAACUGCAAUGACAUGCGAGGCCAUGAUGGGCAAUGCGGAGAAUUAUCACGAGUUUCCUGCUCGGAUCCGGCCUCAUCCUGGACAGAUUGAAGUCGCCGCCAAUAUUCGCAACGGGCUUGACGGCUCGAAACUUGUUGAAACUUCCGAUAGAAAGGAUCGCUUCCGGCCGGGGCUUAUCCAAGAUCGAUAUGCGCUUCGGGGGGCAUCGCAGUGGCUCGGGCCCGUGGUGGAGGAUCUUGGAUUGGCUGUGCAGCAACUCACUAUCGAGCUCAACUCGACGCAGGAUAACCCGGUGAUCGAUUCAGAGACGCAAGAGGUUUACUCUUGCUCCAAUUUCCAGGCGGCUUCUGUCUCUGUGGCCAUGGGAAAGGUACGCGAGGGCCUGCAAAUGGUGGGUAAGCUCUUGUUCAGCUACUCGUCGGAGCUUAUAAACCCCGAUAUGAACAAGGGCCUGCCGCCCAACCUGGCGGUUGAUGACCCCAGCUUGUCAUUCACGAUGAAGGGAGUCGAUAUCUCCAUGGCUUCGUACAUGUCGGAGCUUGGAUUCUUGGCCAAUUCUGUAACAUCGCAUGUCCAGUCUGCUGAGAUGCAUAACCAGCCGAUCAAUUCUCUUGCCCUAAUCUCUGCUCGCUAUACUUUGCAGGCCGUUGAACUUGUUUCAAUGAUGAGUGCAGCUCAGCUGUAUGUCGUGUGUCAAGCUCUUGAUCUACGACUGCUGCACGAGACUUUUCUGAAUGAGCUGGAUAGUGUGGUGCAGACGACGCUGUCAGAGCUGUUGAUCUCGACAGACAAGGAGACCAUGGGAUUGCUCCAAGCUGGCAUCAUCAAAGCAAUCCGAGCAUCAUGGAAAGAAUCCGCACGCGCAGACCUAUCAUUCCGGAUCCAAGGAUUAUCAACCGUCAUGGCCCCCAUCCUGUUAACACAGUCCAAAAAUUUGAACGUCGAAGACCCUAUCGCCAUGAUCGAAUCAGUGCAGAAGCGCAUCUCCCAGGAUGCACAGUCACUGUUUGAGGUGACCCGCAGCCGGACAAUGUCGGGCGAACUAAACGCUGAAUCAUCGCUCGGGUCGGCUUCGAAAUCUCUCUACUGCUUUGUGCGACGUGAUUUGAACGUUCCGUUCCACUGUGGUCUCUUGGAGCACCCUACGAUCGAUAGCAAGACACCUGGUGUGCCACAACGCCCGCGGAAGACAAUCGGGUCCUGGAUCUCGAUCAUCUACGAGGCAAUCCGUGAUGGCAGAAUUCGGGCUCCUCUGAGUUAA